CUUCCUGUCUACACGCCAUUCACCUCCCUGAGCUCCAACAGGAUGGAGGUCCUGCGCGCCUCUGCUGCUUCUUCCUUCACUUCAGGCAAUUGAAAUAAAAAUCCACCGCUUGUGGUGCUCCAUCCUGUGUUUGUAAUCAUAAUUUUUUUUUUUAUCUGGACUCGAUAAUCCUGAAAUUUCCCCGCCUUUUUUGUUUUUAUUUAUCCACUCUUAACGUCGUUGGAGUGUGCUGUCUUUUCUGGAGAGAAAGGCUUCCAGGGAUGGAGUCGAUGCCCGGACAUCUUGGAGACGCGGGACGAGACGCCAGCUCCUCCCCGACUUUAAAGCAGGACGCUCAGAGCUUCCCCAGCCCCAACUCCCUCAAACCCAACCAAGUGAGCGAGACCUCCCUGUACGGGGUGCCCAUCGUGUCCCUGGUCAUAGAUGGGAAAGAGAGACUCUGCCUGGCACAGAUUUCCAACACCCUGCUGAAAAACUACAGCUACAACGAGAUCCACAACCGCCGAGUGGCCCUGGGUAUCACCUGCGUGCAGUGCACGCCCGUCCAGCUGGAGCUGCUGCGCCGCGCCGGGGCUAUGCCCAUCUCAUCCAGGCGCUGCGGCAUGAUCACCAAACGGGAGGCCGAGCGGCUCUGCAAAUCGUUCCUGGGGGCGCACAGCCCCCCGAAGCUGCCGGAGAAUUUCGCCUUUGACGUGUCUCACGAAUGCGCCUGGGGCUGCAGAGGCAGUUUCAUCCCCGCCCGAUACAACAGCUCCAGGGCGAAGUGCAUCAAAUGCAGCUUUUGCAACAUGUAUUUCUCCCCGAACAAGUUCAUUUUUCACUCCCAUCGCACCCCAGAGUCCAAGUACCUGCAGCCGGACGCGGCUAACUUCAAUUCCUGGAGGCGGCACCUGAAACUGACGGACAAGAAACAGUCUGAGGAUGUACACCACGCGUGGGAGGAUGUGAAGGCCAUGUUCAACGGUGGGAGCAGAAAGAGGACUCUGCCCAUGAGCGGGUCUGGGAUGUCCUCGUCGCUGAAAUCGCAGGCCUCGUCCAGUUUGGCUCCAACUAGUUCCCCUGAGAUCCCCCACAAAACUUUACGGUGCGACGAGGAGCAGGGAUCCAAUAAUUUAAAUUUGGCGGGCGGCGCACGGAGCUACCCGGUCAUCCCGGUGCCCAGCAAGAGCUUUGGCAUGCUCCAGAAGAUCCCCCCACCUCUGUUCCCUCACCACCCAUAUGGCUUCCCCAGCUAUGGCCUAUGUCAGAAAAAGAGCGACGGGGUGGCUGAUGGUAGCAAGCCCGGAGUUCCCGGUGUGUUUUGGCCCGGCGCAAAGGACUCCCUCUACCCAGCCUUCCCCAUGUUCUGGCCCACAGCUGGUGGCCUGCCCAUGCCGCCCUACCCAGGCGCUCCCCCUAAACCUCCGGUGGAGCGGCCGGGUGUCCGGCAACCUGACCUGGACCUCUCUGACCAAAGCGACCGGGGCGCAAACACACCCAAAGACACCACCCCGCACCCUCACCACGAGCGCAGCCCCAGCUCUCAGUCCUCCUCCACCAGAAACGACGAGGACAAGUCCGGAGACGAGGCCUCUCAGAGAAAGAUCAGUUACAUCUCAGCCUUCAGACCCGUCGUCAAAGACGCGGAGACCAUCGCCAAACUCUACGGCAACCGGGAAGGGUUCGGCGCGCGCCCGGGCUACCUGUCCCCGGAUUUCAUCAGCGAGAGCUCCAGCUACAGAUCGGCGUCUCCGGACAGGGACAGCGUGGUGGACGACGAAGACGACGACCCAGACGUGGACGUGGAGUCCAGCAGGGAUCCGGAGGAAGCGGUGUCGGUGCCGAUCUCCCCGGGCGGGGACCCCGGAGGCUCCCCCGUCCUGGAGCGCGUCUGCUCCGUUGCUGCGGAGGGCCAAGAGCAGCCUGACGGCUCCUCCAGCCCCGGGGCAGCUGGGGCGUCACCGCAGGGCUCGUCGGAUGAGGACCGGCAGAUGCGCAGCGGCUCCCCUCUUCAGGAGGUGUACCCACAUGAAAAGGACGGCCCGGUGCUGCUCCUGAACGAACGUCCUUCCUACAGCUCCAAACAGCCGAGCAGACCCAGCGGUGUCCAUCACAUGGCGGAAAUCCACACGCAGCGCGGCGCGACGCCCUACCCCGAGCAGAAGGACAGACAAGGUGAUGGAGCUUUACGCAUAGACAUCAGCGUGCACGAGAGAGAUCUGGAGAAUAUGGCCAAAGAGGAGUUGCAGAAGCAGCUGGUGGAGCAAGUGGAGCUGAGGAAGAAGCUGGAGAGAGAAUUUCAGCAUCUCAAAGAUAAUUUCCAGGAUCAAAUGAAGCGCGAGCUGUCCUACAGAGAGGAAAUGGUCCAGCAGUUGCAGAUCGUUCGAGACACUUUGUGCAGCGAGUUGGACCAAGAGAGAAAGGCUCGUUAUGCAAUACAGCAGAAACUAAAAGAAGCUCACGACGCCCUUCACCAUUUCUCCUGCAAGAUGCUCACCCCUCGUCAGUGCACUGGAGCCUGCACCUUCAAGUCCCCCCUGCUGCCCCCUUAGUGCCACCACCACCACCACCAUGCAGCUGACUGCAGACCAGCCCCACACACGUACAGCUCCAGCCUCGAGAGCCUUCCAACCUCUCCCACCUGUAGCCCGGUGAUUCUUGCUGCUGCUGCUGCUGCCGCUGUGGGGACACCGCUGACUAUGAGAAUCCAUCACGGCUCCGGAGGGGAUGAACUCUGCAGCAACCUCUCCUCCAAAGAACUGGACUCUUGUGUUAAAGAGACGGUGGGAGCUCCACGCUGUGAAUCAGAGGAUUGUUGAUCUGAAGCUGCAAAGCUCAAGCCAAGAGGGUCAAUGAACUAAAACUCUCUGCUCUUUCACUAUUCUGAAGAGAAAAAUGCUACAUUAUAUAAAUAAAUAAAUAUAUAUAUAUACAUAUAUAUAUAUCAUGUGACAAUGUGCAAUGACUUGUAUAAUUGUGAUGUUAAGUUAAAAACUCAUUUGUUAGGUUUUGUUGCAUCUUUGAACAUGUUUUUUUCAUGUAUUUGUAAUGUAUCCUGGUUUGUACGCUGUGUAUGUCAUGAAGCACUUUAAACGGACAACAUUUUCAAAUCUGGACACCAAAUUCUCUCCUCCUCUUCGUCUCGGUGUGUUAGUAAUACAUCUCAUGGUAAAAGAGCACUUAGCGGCGGCCCUCGAGGUUUUACUUCGCACUAUGAAAAACUUUCACGUUAUAAGCUGAGAGGGAAGCGAUACGCACUGAUGCAGCGGUUGGAGAAAGCGCGUUUUCUCGUUUUAUUUUCGACUUUCUGUUGAACUUUUGUCUGUCUGCAAACUGAACCAAAACCUUUUAACCGUUACCUGAAGCGCUUUUUUUUUUUAAAGAAAAAAAAUAGAAACAACACCAUCUCCAGUAUGAAAUCCUAUGAUUAUCGCAGCUUCUUUCUUGUUUUUUUUUUUUUUUGUUGUUGUUGAUGCUCUGGUUGAAUUUAUUUAAAUGAAAAAAGCCCUAAAAACGAAUCCCAACUCUACUUCCUGACACAAACACACCGUUCUGCUGUUCAUCUCUGUACAAAUUGAAAUAAAAGCUGAAAAAGC